CGGACGUGCGUCGUGGCGAAUGAAAAUAUAUAUACGUACGUACAUUUGGUGGAAAAUCGAAUUUCGCAGCGGAGCGUGCGGCGUGCGUUAAAGUCUCCGGCAUUUCCCCUCUAAGUUUUCCUCAACUCAAUUCAACUCGAAUCAACUCAACCCAGCUAAGCUCGGCUCAGCUUAAGUUAGAUCAGUGCUGCCCAAGUACAAAUGGCAAUCUACUUGGAACAAUCUACGCAGACAUGAUAAGUACGCGACUGCACUGGGCAAACAUAAUUAAUUACGCGGCGCUGUGAAGUGCGUGCGUGUGUUAAAUAAAAAUAAAAUUACAAAAUACAGAUAUAAAUAAAAAUCAUUAUUUAUUGCAUUUGAAGCGUUUUUAAAUACGCACCGAGUGCCGCUGUCUGUCAAUCGGCUGGAUUUUCCGCGGUUUCACUCCGUGUCGCGUACAUAAACAACAACAGAACCCUGAACUCAAGUGAAGUGCAGUGCUGUGAGUGUGGCCAGCGUUUCGGUGGGUCGCUUGUUGUGCGCGCAAUUUCCGGUUUCCGCUUCCGCCGGAGCUACUUCCGUGUCCGGUCGACUAGGCGCAACAUUAAUUUGCCAACGCCGAAAGAGUAAUCACAGCCCAAACAAAAACGUAAGCCCCGUUUUAUUGGCCAAAAGAUAAACAAGACAGAAAAGUGCUAAAUUUCCGUCGAAAGAGCAGACUCAAGUGUCUCGCAUAAAUUUGGAAAAUAUUCAAAUAUUCGCGUUCUGCAAAGUGAUACCCAAUUAACAGAUUCCUCGACAAAUAGUACACAUGUGCCAACGCAAAAGCUGAGCGGUUUCGGACGGAAUAAACGUCGAACAGGAAAAUCCAUACCAACGAAUCCCUGGAUAAGUGAUGAAGUCAUGAGACCGACAUUCGAUCGACGCCUCUGGAUAUUAUUGUUCAUUAUUUCAGUACAAUGUACCACCUACACACAACCGCAAAAUAUCAACGCCAAGUCAGUGCAGAAGACAAAGCCCUCCGAGCGUCGAGAAGUCAUCAGCAGGAGCAGCUCCAGCUCCAGCUCCAGCUCGAGCAGUCACAGUUGGCCCAGCAUAUCGGACGAGGUAGUUGACCACCGCGGCGGUGGUAAGCCGGCAAAAUGCGCCAAAAACUGCCAAAAGGCCAAAGCCAAGUGGGACAAGUGGGCCAAGUGGCGGACGCAGCUGAAGCCCCACCACCAAGCCCACCGCGCCGUGCAGCACAAAGAGGCCAGGCAACGGCAGCGCCGCGAGACGGAGGAGGAUGAGCUGGACUCGACGAGCACCUCCACCGCAGUGGCCACCACAGUCCAGGCCACCAGCUCCAGCUCCAGCUCUGCGGCCACCAGGAGCUCGCUCAUCAGUGAAUCGAAGGCGAAAAGGCCGCGCUCCACGCUCCAUUUAGCGCCGGAGGAUAUGCAGCCGAAGCCCAAGGAGCCGGUGAUCAUCAUCGACGACGUGGAGGAGUUCGACAGUGGCACCAGCACCAGUGACCUAAUCGCGCGCAAGAGCCGCGAGGAGGCGGAGGCGGAGGAGGAGGACGACGGUCCGCUGGAGCCGAGGGUCCUGCCCCUGCGACCAGUGCCGCCGAAUCCCUACGAGGCGGAGGAAAUGUCCGUGGUGUAUGCGGAGCAGCACUCCGAGAUCAAGCUGAUGUGCGAGGUGGAUCUGGACAUUGCCACCAGCAUGUGGUACAAGAAUGGCCAGGUGGUCCACGCCAUGGACCGCACCGCCCGCGUCACCGACUACCGCUUCAUCAAGGAGGCCAAUGGCGCCCUCACCAUCACCAACGUCAUGCUCGAGGACGACGGCAAGUGGCAGUGCGAGGCGGAGAACACGCGGCGCUACACGGAGAACGCCCGACCCGUCAAGCUGGUCGUCCUGGAUCGACCCAAGCCGCCUUACCUGCUGAUCGACUCCCGCCGCCUGGACGCCAGCAACCUGUUCGUGCCCGUGAAGGAGAACUCGGAGCUGAACCUGGCCUGCGUCAGCGAGGGCGGCAACCCGCGACCCACGCUCACCUGGGAGGUGCUCCUCAGUCCGGGCGUGGACCGGCAUGCCCAGAAGGUGUCCGCCGAGGUGCUGGAGCUGGAGGAGAUCAAGGGCGAGAAGCUCGACAAGGAUGGCUACAAAAUCAACAGCGGCGCAAAGAGCGAAGCCCGCUUACCGGCGGUCUACAGAGCCCAUCAUAACGCCAGGAUCCUGUGCGUCAUGGAGCACCCCACGCUGAAGAUCCGCCAGAACGCCUCCCUCCUGCUGGAUGUGCAGUACACGCCCUCCUUCGCCAUAUCCCGCACACCUGGCUUCGGUUAUCCACUCCGCGAGGGCAUCGAAGUUAGCCUCAAGUGCGACGUCGACUCCAAUCCCCCGAGCACUCCCCGCUGGCAGAAGGACGAUGGUGACACGCCGGUGCCGCAAACGGGCGAUGGUUUCCUCAACUUCACAUCGAUAAGGCGCGAACAUUCCGGCUGGUACAAGUGCACGUCCCGGCACCUCAACUUUCAGUACUCGUCGAUUGGCUAUUACCUCAGUGUGCGAUUUGAUUCGGUGGAUGUGACCUCGGAGCCGGAUGAUCAGGAUGUUUCCGUGGCAGCUGCCUCGCACAAUCCCAACAAGGGCCAGCUGGAAGUGCAGCUGGGCGGCGCGGUCACCCUGCAGUGUCCUCAAGGCUCCCUGGGCUGCUGGUCGCACUUGGACCCCAUCUCGGCCCGGUUACGUGGCCUUGGCUACGGUAGCAGCCAGCCCACCGGCCAGUUCUCGCUGAAGGACGUCAUGUACCAGGAUGCGGGCAUGUACAAGUGCGUGGGCCAGUCGCCCACCAACAAGAAGAAGCUGGAGGUCCUGCAGAGCGUCACGCUCUCCGUGAAGGGCGCUCCCACAGUCAUGGCAUUGAAUGCCACGCCCGUUGCCUAUCCGGGAUCACCGCUGCAUCUCAACGUGGAGUUCUGCGCCAAUCCGCCGGCUCAUGCCGCUCGCUGGUUGCACGGAGAUCGCGUCUUCACGCCCGGAAAUCAGUACGGCAGUACAGUGCUGGCCUACGCGGUGAAGGAUCUGCCCACGCCCUUCUGCAAGGAGGCGAGACUCACCUACGUGAGCAUGCACGAAAGGGUUCCAAGGACCUUCUACUUCAUAGUUUCCACGCCAGGUGGCGUUGCGGAGGCCAUCUUCAACGUGAACUUCACCAAGCGGCACCGCCAGCUGUCGAACUCCAUCGACGACGACGAGGAGGAGGAGCUCAAUCGGCCGGAGCAGAUCCACUUUCCCGUCUUCAAUGCCAGUCCCGCUGAUGGGCGUGGCUGGUGGGCGGUGACGUUGGUCCUGGUUUUAGUCCUGGCAACUAGAAACAGCCACUAGAUUUAGUUGGGACCCUGUGAGAGUGAAAGUUGAAAGUUGAGUGAAUGAUUUCUUUGGGAGUGACUGACGCGUUUACUACACCGAAUGUUCUAUGUAAUCUAACCCCCUAUGGCUAAGCAUACGUAUGGAUUUACCCAGUUACUCGACAUUACCACGUGAACUAUGCUACGCAACUACUACUCUAUAUAGCAAUACAUAUGUGUAUCUGUAACCGAUUUAGCCAAGCAUCCAAAUUGCCCUAGUCUAAGAGCCCAGGCCAUCAGUAUCCCAAAAAAAACACACUUUUCUAGAUCCCCCAAACGGAACCGACUCUUUAACCCUAAGCAAUUCACAUAUUUUUACUGUAACCCCUAGCUGUAACUGUAACUGUAACUAACUGUAUUGGUAACUGUAAUGGUAACUGUAACUGUAACUGUAACUGUAACCCUAUCGCUGUAUGUCAAUGUGUAUGAGUGUGCGCUUAACUUAAAUGCCAAAGCCAGAACAGAAGUCGUGAGGAAAAGUUUACAAUUCUUUGGAGAAAAACAUUGUUAUAACAUACAUAAAGUUGAUUAUUGCGAAUACUUUAAGUUCCUUUUCGACGAAGAAGAGAUCUCGAGAAAGCGACUGAUUUUGUUAAAUAUUUUGAAGAUGUUUAGAACUAAAAGCACGACGACGAGGAGGAGAACCUAUAGUUUAAAAUUGUACAUGAAGAGGUCAGAGACGAAGUAAUACAUACUUACCAGGCACGAACAAAUUCCUUCCAUUUGAAAAGUUUGCCCCGAGCAAAGAAACUGUAAGAUAUUUUGGGAAAUCAAAUUAAGCGAAUGAUCAAAAGAGUUUUAACCUAAACGAGUUGGGUUUUAAUCGGCAUUAAACCGCACCUUAUCAUUUUUCAUUUCAUUAUGAGUUUCCAAUCGUUUGAAAGGACCAAAAACGAAUCGUUUUCAUUUACUACGAAUAUUUUUAUAACACAAACGUAAGCAUAUUUAUAUAGCCCCCAAGCAAAUGAGAGACCCUCCACAUAAGCGAUAUUUGUAAAUAAAUGUUCAAGUAGAGAAUUGCUCAAACCAAAACGUAAAAGCAAAUGAAAUACAAAAUACUACGAGUAUAUGAUAUGAAAAGUGUUAAAUGUUGUUCGAACGCCAAACUAAAGCGACUAAAUAUCAUAUGUAGCGGUUCCACGAGUAAACUAAACAAUAAUGUAUGUAAAAUAAAACCACACACAGCCACUGAAAAGUUUAAUUAUCAGCUAUUGUAAAAUAUUUCAGUUUAAGGAUCAGCAAUGUGCCAGCGAACUCGAAAUUGAAAUCGAGAUCGAGAUCGUUUGCUUGCCACAGAAUUUGUUGUACAAAGCCCAAGCUUUUGUAAUUUAUUUCUUAGUCGAUCUAAGCUUCAGAUUAUUCUAUAUCCUAUGCGCAAUACAUACAAAUAUAUAUCGGUAGGCUAAGCGAUCAGUGUAAAAACCAGAAAUACUUAGAAGAACCUAACGCCAAUUUAAGCCACAGCAGAAUUACAUUUGCAGAGUUCCAAGAAUUCUGACAAAGCGCGGAGAGCAUUGUAAGAUGAUAAGUUUAAAUGGAGGUUUAAUUAAUUAUUAAUAUGAGGAUAUGGAGAUAUGAAGGGGAGUGGAGUCUGUGUGUACCCUAUGUAUAGUUCAGUUUAGUGAUUUAGAGAGAGUCUUUUUUUUCGCUCCUUGGGUUCAUUGUCAGCUGAAAAUUGCGAAACUGUAAUAACGAAGCAAGCAAACACGUCGUCAUGUUAACUAACUAAUAAAUUACUAAACAAGUGAAUUACUAAGCAAAGUGUAUUUAUGAUUCAUUGUGUUGGUAAUAUUUACAAAAUAUAAUUUAUAAACAAAGCCAACAAACAAACGAACAAACAAACAAACAUAUAUGUAUGACUAAAGAAAAUACUAGCUCCUAAGUGCAACACAAACCGAAUGUGGCAAAUUAAUUUUAAACCGAAAAACCAAUGAGUAAUUACGAUAAUUGCGAUAUGAGAGACAGAAUGUUCAUCUGUAGUGCAAAAUGUUUGGAUAGUGCGGUUGGGAGGGGACACUAUUAACCCAUACAAUUACGAUUACAAAUUACGAUACAAAUACAAAUGCAAAUACAAAUACGAGAUACAACAAUACGUGUUACAAUAAGCAGAAUCGGUUUACAUAUAUAAGACAUAGGCCCAAGAGAAAUGUAAGCAACCACCACCAACAAAACACUUUUAGCCAUAACGCGCAGCCUCGGCGAUCUGGCCACAAAGUUCGCCACCUAUGAGCGGAUGAUAGAAGGAUGAUACCCCAGAUACAGCAGAAUCAAAAACUAACUCUUAAGCGACCCCGUUCACUGCCCAGCAACGCAAUAACUCCGCAUUCCGCAUUCUUGGCAACAGACGGGCCAGCCGGCCAGCAAACUGCUACGUUUAAGCCAACUUCGCCGGCCAAUUGGCCAGGUUGAGGGGGCAGGAAGGUCAGGAUGGUCGGGAUGGUCCGGAGGUCGGAAGGUCGGAGGGUCGGAAGAUCGGGGCAGGGCAGCCUGCCGAGGAAAUUUACAAGUUUAAGUGACAAAGCAACAAAAGAAAAUAGCCAAUUUAGCAUAAAGUAAAACACAAGCCGAGCAGAAUGCAAAUAAAAAUGCAGAUAAAAACGAAGAGCGAGGGGAGCGGCAAACAGAAAGCAAACAAGACAAACAAACAAACUCCACACACGACACACCACACAGAAAUG